AUGGCCGAAGAUAAUCUCUCCUCUUCGCCCACUGCACCACUCAAGUCGACGAUGUCUUCAAAAACAUCAUCUUCCGGUAGGGACAUUCAACUCGACGCUCUUCGUGCUCGUCAAGCUGCUCUCGAAGCAACUGUCGCCGAGUUGCUCUCUCAGCGUACCUCUCUCGUCAACACCUUCUCUACAACCUCUGAUACCCAGGAUCUAGAAGACACGGAAAUUCGUGCAAAGCUUGCGGUAGAUGCUGUCAACCUGAAAAUCAAAUCUCAAAUCAAACAGCUACAGCAGUACAACGACAUCAAAGAUAUUGGCACCCAGCUGAUGGGAAUCAUUGCUGAGAAGCGUGGUUGCCGCAUCGGCGAAGUCCAGGAAGAGUUUGGUAUUAAACCCGACGAUUGA